GCCAUUCGGAAGUCCCAUCGUGGAAGGGCUGGGGAUUAAAGUUGGAGCCUUUGAGGUGUGGUACCAGAAAAAAACAUUUCACUAUAGUUUCCUCCUGGACUAACACUGUCACCCCCGGGAUGAAUUCACCACGCUCCCACACCUAUGGGAAUAUGCAUUUGUCUGGAUAAUGUGCAAAAUACCAGAAUAAGCAACGGCUGGCUUCCUCCAGAAAAAUUUCCCAGGCAGCCGAGCUAUUGUUUUGUGGUGGAAAAUGCCAUAUCUGUGGUGCAGCCCUUACAGCUAGCUGGCUGGUCGUCCGGCUAGCGAAGGAUUUCAAGCUUUUUUGUUUUUUGUUUUUUUCUUCUUCUUCUUUUGGAUGAUUUGUCAGCUGAAGAGUUGAUUGAGGAUCAAAACUACCUUCUUUUGUCGUUGCGAACCCUGUCGUUUUGACAGCGGACACGAUGGGGGAAACGAGCUUGGACGACUCCAACGUUAAGGUGGCUGUUCGUGUUCGUCCUAUGAACAGGAGAGAAAAGGAAUUAAACACAAAAUGUGUGGUGGAUAUGGAAAAGAACCAGACCAUCCUCCACCCCGCAGGAGGAAACCUGGCCAAGGGAGAUUCUAGGAAUCAAUCCAAGGUCUUUGCCUAUGAUUACUGCUUUUGGUCCAUGGAUGAGUCAGAAAAGGACAAAUUUGCAGGACAAGAGGUGGUAUUCCAGUGCCUUGGAGAAUCUCUUCUCAACAAUGCCUUCCUGGGCUAUAAUGCCUGUAUCUUUGCCUAUGGACAGACUGGUUCUGGUAAGUCCUACACCAUGAUGGGUUCUGUGGACCAGCCCGGUCUGAUCCCCCGCCUGUGCAGCGCUCUCUUUGCACGCACACUUCGGGAGCAGAGGGAAGAGGAGAGCUUCACAGUGGAGGUCUCGUAUAUGGAGAUCUACAAUGAGAAGGUUCGCGAUCUCCUUGAUCCAAAAGGGAGCAGACAAACUCUGAGAGUGAGGGAACAUAAGGUUCUGGGACCUUACGUGGACGGCCUGUCUCGGCUUGCUGUGGCCAGCUACAAGGAUAUAGAGUCCCUGAUGUCUGAAGGGAAUAAGUCUAGGACAGUCGCGGCAACCAACAUGAACGAGGAGAGCAGUCGGUCACAUGCCGUCUUCAACAUCAUCCUCACACACACACUCAAAGACCUGCAGUCUGGGACAAGUGGAGAGAAGGUGAGCAAGCUGAGCCUGGUAGACCUGGCUGGCAGUGAAAGGGCAGCCAAGACUGGAGCCGCGGGAGAGAGGCUGAAGGAGGGCAGCAACAUCAACAAGUCUUUGACCACAUUAGGCCUGGUGAUCUCAGCGUUGGCUGAGCAGGGAGCAGGAAAGAACAAGACUAAGUUUGUUCCUUACAGAGACUCUGUGCUAACAUGGCUUCUAAAGGACAGUCUAGGUGGCAACAGCCGCACAGCCAUGGUAGCCACAGUGAGCCCAGCAGCGGACAACUAUGACGAAACUCUGUCAACCCUUCGUUACGCUGACCGCGCUAAGAGCAUUGUCAACCACGCCGUGGUCAACGAGGACCCCAAUGCUCGUAUCAUCAGAGAGCUCCGUGAGGAGGUGGAGAAACUUCGUGAUCAGCUCACCCAGGCCGAGUCUCUGAAAGCUCCAGAGCUGAAGGACCGUUUGGAGGAGUCAGAGAAGCUCAUUCAGGAGAUGACCGUCACCUGGGAAGAGAAACUCCGCAAGACAGAGGAGAUAGCACAGGAGCGUCAGAGACAGUUGGAGAGUCUAGGAAUCUCUCUCCAGUCAUCGGGGAUCAAGGUUGGAGACGACAAGUGUUUUCUGGUCAACCUCAAUGCGGACCCUGCCCUAAACGAGCUACUAGUGUACUACCUGAAGGAGCAUACCAAGGUUGGUUCAGCAGACUCACAGGAUAUCCAGCUGUGUGGGAUGGGCAUCCAGGCAGAGCACUGUGUCAUUGACAUCACCCCUGAUGCAGCAGUGAUUCUCACCCCCCACCGUAAUUCCCGAACGUGUGUGAAUGGCUCUCCAGUCACCAGCCCUCAGCAGCUUCACCAUGGCGACCGGAUCCUAUGGGGAAAUAACCAUUUCUUCAGGAUCAACCUACCUAAACGCCGAUCCCGGGCCAAUGAGGAUGAGGAGGGAGAAGGGGAGCAGAUGAAGACCAGCGGCAGCAAUGAACAGCUGGAUGUAGAUGGAGACUCGGCCAGUGAAGUGUCAAGCGAGGUCAGCUUUUCCUACGAGUUUGCCCAGACAGAGGUCAUGAUGAAAGCUCUGGCCAGCAACGACCCGAUGCAGGCCGUCCUCCAGUCCCUAGAGCGCCAGCACGAGGAGGAAAAGCGCUCGGCCCUGGAGCGACAGAGGCUGAUGUACGAACAGGAGCUCCAGCAGCUCCGCAAGAAGCUGCAUCCAGACCGUCAGUCAGCCGGGAGCGGCACACCCCAGCCGGGUCAGCCUCAGUACCGCAGCCUAGAGAGACUCAGCAUGGGGGGGAUGUCCCACUCCCCCAGCGCCCAGAGCAGGCUACGGCAGUGGACUGAGGAGAGAGAAGCAGUCCUUACUCGGAGCCUGCGGAGGCUGAGGGAGCAGAUAGUUAAAGCCAACCUACUGGUCCAGGAGGCUGGCUUCAUUGCGGAAGAGUUGGACAAACACACAGAGUACAGGGUCACCCUGCAGAUUCCUGCCGCCAACCUUAAUGCCAACCGCAAGAGGGAUGCCGUGCUGAGUGAACCUGCAGUGCAGGUACGUAGGAAGACCAGGGGAAAGCAGAUAUGGGCCUUGGAGAAGAUGGAGAACCGUAUGGUGGACAUGAGAGAGCUAUACCAGGAGUGGAAGGACCAUGACGAAGAUAAUCCUGUGAUGCAUUCCUACUUCAGACGUGCUGACCCAUUUUUUGACGAGCAGGAAAAUCACAGUCUGAUUGGUGUAGCCAAUGUCUUCCUAUCCUGCCUCUUCUAUGACGUCAAACUGCAAUAUGCUGUUCCCAUCAUCAACCAGAAGGGGGAGGUGGCUGGUCGUCUCCAUGUGGAGGUGGUGCGGGUGGCAGGUGGCUUCGAUGAGGACAUGGCUGGAGGAGAGGAUGGUGAUAGUAGCCCAGACAAUGAGGUCCAGGAGCGCAAACUCGUUUGCAUGAUAAAGAUCCUGCAGGCCACAGGCCUGCCCCAGUACUUGUCCAACUUCGUCUUCUGCCAGUAUUCCUUCUGGGACCAACCAGAGCCCAUCAUAGUGGCCCCUGAGGUAGACCCCUCAGCCUCUUCCCCAAGCAGCAAGGACCCACACUGCAUGGUGGUUUUCGACAGCUGCAAGGAGCAUGCAGUUUCUGUAACAGAGGACUUCAUAGAGUACCUGACAGAGGGCGCUGUGGCAAUUGAGGUGUAUGGCCACAGGCAGGCUGAUCCAGGCAGGAACCCUGCUCUCUGGGACCUCAGCAUCAUCCAGGCCAAGACACGCACUCUACGAGACAGGUGGAGUGAGGUAACACGGCGUCUGGAACUCUGGGUUCAGAUCCUGGAAAUUAACGAGAAUGGAGAUUUUGUACCAGUGGAGGUCAUCCCUGCCAGAGAUGUCCGCACGGGGGGCAUCUUCCAGCUACGUCAGGGUCAGUCAAGGCGUGUGCAGGUGGAGGUGCGUUCGGUGCAGGAUUCAGGCACCAUGCCCCUGAUAGCAGAGGUGGUGCUCGGAGUGUCGGUGGGUUGUGUGGAGAUUAGACCAUCCACAACCAACCAGGCAUCCUCACAGGAAGGAGACGAAAUGGACAGCUACCAGGAGCGGGACCUGGAGCGUCUGCGGAGUCAGUGGCUGGAUGCCCUCACCAAGAGACAGGAAUACCUGGACCAGCACCUGCAGAGCCUGGUCACCAAAGCAGAGAAGACUGAGGAUGAUGUGGAGCGGGAAGCCCAGCUGCUGGAGUGGCGUCUGACUCUGACUGAGGAGAGGAACGCCGUUAUGGUACCCUCUGCUGGCAGUGGCAUCCCUGGAGCACCCGCUGAAUGGGUUCCUCUCCCAGGAAUGGAGACCCACACCCCUGUCCUUUUCCUGGACCUGAGCGCGGAUGACCUGAGCUCUCAGGAGCAGUUUGAGGUUCCAGAAGCAGGGGGCUGGGAUGCCUCUCUGAGUGGAGAGGAUGAAGAUGACUUCUUUGACCUACAGAUUGUCAAGCACUACGACGGAGAGGUUAAAGCAGAGGCCUCAUGGGACUCGACUGUCCACGAAUGUCCCCAGCUCAGUCGGGGCGGGGCGUGGCCGGAGCAGCGGGUUUACCUGACGCUGCGUGUGGUGGUACAACUGAGCCACCCAGCCGACAUGCAACUGGUUCUAAGAAAACGGAUCUGCGUCAACGUGAACCCUGGGCGGCAGGGCUUUGCCCAAAAUCUGCUGCGGAGAAUGUCUGCCCGCAGCACCAUCCCUGGCUGUGGGGUCACCUUCGAGGUUGUCUCUAACAUCCCAGGGGAGGCCCAGGGCUCCGAGGACAGGGAGAUGUUGGCUCGGCUUGCUGCCAAUGCUCACAACACCAAGUCGGCUGACAAUGAGGCUGCCAUAGAGAAAUACCUCCGCAGUGUACUUGCGGUGGAGAACAUCCUCACACUAGAUAGACUCAGACAGGAGGUAGCAGUGAAGGAGCACCUGGCUGGCAGAGGGAAGGGGAACAGGAGAAGUCUGAGCUCUCCCUCUGUCCACAGGCUGUCAGGAAGCAGACAGGACCUGUCCUCCACCUGCCAGCUAGACGACAACAAGGGUCGUUGGGAGAGCCAGCAGGACAUCUUCAUGCCUUCACAGUUUUACCGCAGCCUCCCCCGUCCCUCCCCCUCCUCCUCCCCCACCCCUUCCCAGCCUUCCCUAAGCACAACCCCCCCACAGAGCCAGGAUUCAGAGCAAGGUCGUUCAGGGCUUGCUGCCUCUUAUCUUUCAGUGAGAGCACUGGUCCCUCAGAUGCCCAAGCUGCUUAAGUCUCUGUUCCCUGCACGCGAAGACAAGAAGGACUUGAGGCCGUCGCCCCACAUCCAGCAGCAUGUUCCUCGCAUCAUGACCUCAUCGGGAGGGGACGACAGUCGAGUUAGGGCUGAGAUGGUUGGAAUGGCAGGGCGGACCCUAGCCCCAACCAAAGACAAGCAGGUGGAGUCCCCAGAGGCCCCUCCUUUAUGUGUGCAUGACCCGCAUGACACCACGCCCCUCAGCCCCCUCAGCCAAUCAUCCAGCGGCUACUUCUCCAGUAGUGUUUCCACAGUUACCUUGUCCGAGGCUGUCUCUGGUGGUGAUCCUUCUUCCUCCUCCUCCUCUCUCCUCUCACCUGUUGAGGGGGCAGGGCUGAAGGCUACUGAAACUACAUUACCUACAGUCCCUGAGCAGCAGCAGCUACAGGGUGCUGACAGAAACACUGUUGUGGCCUCUCCUUCUCAGUACGACACCGAAAUGGCCACCGUCGCACCGCAGACAGCCUACAGCUCUACCAAUCACAUGAGCAUUGCCAUGGGAAACUCCUUUUCUGUCCAGAGGCUGUUCAACUCAGGAGCAGAGGGAGAAGGAGAGAGUUUUGAGAGGUUGGAGAUCCUCACAGACGAUGAAGAGCAGAGCCAAGACAACAUAGUGCCAGGUUGGCUGACACAAGGAAUGUAUGUUACCAUUGGAAGCAAUAAGAGUGGGACAGUACGCUACAUUGGAGCCACAGACUUCGCCGAGGGACUCUGGGUGGGGGUGGAGCUGGACACCCCAGCAGGUAAGAAUGACGGCUCGGUUGGUGGACGACGAUACUUCAGCUGUAACCCAGGUUUUGGGGUGCUGGUGCGUCCGAACAGGCUGUCCUACCACGACCAGACCAAUGGGAGCGUAGAGAAACGACGCAGUGGGGAGCUCUGCCCUCCUGCACAUGUCCCAGUGCUGCGAGGGGAUGCAAUGGGAGCUGCGCGCCGCAAGGAGAACCGCAAAUCCUGGAGCAGCUGAGCCAAGGACAACUAGAGCCUGCAUGGGAGACCAACCCCUAACUGCUCUUCCUCUGUCCUCAAAAAUAAACACUUCUCACUGCCACUUCCCCCCCACAGCUAUGCAACAGCUCUGUUCCCCAGAAUCCACAUACACACAGUACAUCUAUUCACUGUCAAUGAAUGGCAAUGGAAAAGACUAUAUUUCAUAAAUGGAAGUCAGUAGAGAGACUAUCAGAAUCAAAAUCAACUUAAUUGGCCAAGUGUACUUAUGCAUACUAGGAAUUUGACUCCAGUUUACAGCAGCUUCUAGUACUUGCAUAUGUCACUCACAAAAAAGGCAAAGAUAUCAAUGAAAAGACUAUGCAGGGAGCAAGGAAGUCAAUAGUGACUCACUUUUAGGGAAUGCAAGAACAUGGGAAGACAAGUUGGGUGAAUUGUAGUCAAUGGGAACACUUUUAAGGAUUAAUGCAAUUGAAAGGGGACUGUGUUGUGUUAGUAACGUGUCAGGGUUCUCUGGGAUUGUGGAUUGGACGGCGUGCCUCGACAGAGGAAUGGCAUCACUAUCAUACUCUGGUGUUGCUGUCUGGAUGGCACGCCUCAGAGAAACUUCCUGAACAACAUCACUUUUCCGGCUUCUGAACUUUGGUGGAGGUUCUCUCGUUUGGUUGUUACAUUCUUAGGAAAAAAAGCCUCCAUGACAUUUCAUUUUCACUAGAACUCCCAACCAUCGGCCAUGCUGUCUCAAUAUCGGAUGGUGCACCCCCCCCCCCCACCCAAGUCAUUGGGCCGACCUCUUCUCAGUUCUGUGCGAUUAGAUUCCUCAUCUCAAAAAAAAAAUUAUUUUUUUGUGGCUGAAAUGAUUGAUCUUUCCCCCAGAAUGUGCCUUCAUUUUGAAUGAGUUUGUUUUUCUUUUCUAUGUGUUCAAAAUUGUUAUAGUUGUGUGUGUGAAAUGCACCCGCGGUCUGGAGAAUGCCUUGUUAAAAGUGUGAGGUGAUCUCAGGGACUACAGAUGAGAAAAUAGUCAUGCCUAUAAGGAGGUGUGUGUGUGUGUGUCUUUCUCUCUCUCUGGUGGUCUGUCUUUCUCCAUGUUUCCAGCAUAUACAAGUUUGAAUCUUGCAUUCAUGAAUGCAGUGUGCUGACUUGAUGUCUGGGGUAGAAGGUGUCAGCCUCACUUGAUAAAUCCACCAUAGGAAUGAGCUGUUCCAUGGGGAGCUCUUUGGAAGUCAUGCAUCACAUGGCAGGAGACUUUGGUCCUUACAAAGUAACGGGGACAGCUUGCUUAAGAAGUUAGACAGUACCCAUGAAUUGUAAGGAGACAGUAUAAUAGAGAAGGGGAAAAGGCUUAAAGGAGAUUGAGGUGUUUUGGCUGGACACAAGCUAGCGGAUCUUCCUUGAACCAAAAGGGCUUCACUCUCUGCAGAAAUUUUAAAACUGAUGGUGCUCCAGCAUCCCCGCGACCCUGAGAGCAGGAUAAGCGGUUUGGAUAAUGGAUGAAUGGAUGGUGCUUCAGAAUAGGCCUUCCAUCUGUAGCUACCUGUUCAGGGUCUGUCCGCUUUAAGGAUAAUCUUUACACAGUUUGUCGACCCAUGCCUGACUCAUGCCCGAUUGCACUUGUGUAUAAAGGCCUAAACUUUUAGUUUAGGGCCCAAAAAGCUGUGUGUCAGAAAUCAGGACUCGUCGUAAACUGUAGAAAGUACCGUCAGCUGAAGAACUUAUCUUUUACAGGAUGAAAAGUAUGGUUUCCUGAGGGAAUAGCUGUUCAGCAGCCAUGUUGCCCCUGUGGGUGCAAGAAUUUUCAACCCCUGAAGAAAGAUAAGUGUAAGAGGAGGAUGAUGUAGGUUGCCAAGGUAUCAGGUGGACAUAAAGUUAUUUUCCUGUCUGGCAGGGUACUGUGUUGACUUGGUGGUGCUGAGUAUGUGUAACUGGUGAGGAAAGAGUGCAGCAACUAUAGAGAAGUCCUGCGGGGGGAUUUUGGGCUUCAGUAGGGAACAGAAUCUCCUUCAUGAAUUUUAUGUUGUAGACAGCUGUGAUGUAGCUGAUGCCUAGUUUUUUUUUUUUACAUAGUCUGUGGAAUAGUUUUGGUGGAAAGGAUUAAACACGAGCGGUUCUGUUUGAAGACCAUGUGAGAAGUAAACUUUGGGAUUUUGUGAAUCCGUUGUGGUUUGAACUUCACAAUCCAGGACGUUUUUGUGAACACUUUACCAUCAGUCAAUCUUUAUUUAUAUAGCACAUUUCAUACAAUUCAAUGCAUGAUCUUAUGUCACCCUAUUCACCUGUGUAUUGACCUGUGGAACAGUAGGCUAUGAAAAUUUGCCUAAUACCAAAGGAUGGUAAUCACAAAGUUUGAUUACAUCAUUAAUUUUGGUGUUACACAGAUGUAAGCUCUUUAUAUGCUAUGGGGUUUUUCAUUAAGUACCAAGUCAGUUACAUUAUAAACUUUAAAAAGUAAUCCACAGGUUUAUUUACAGGUGAACAGAUCAGCAUAAGGCCAUGAUAGACUGUUAGCAAGGUUUGGUGUGGCUUUCCUGUGAGGCAGCGACGCCUUCUCUCCAAAUAAGGUAGAGGCCUACGCUUCUUUGAGAGGAAGAUUGGUGGACUUUAAAAUCAAAUUAAUAUUUCAAAACUACAUAGGAUACCCAGUAUUCUAUGCAAGAGCUUGAACUAGGAAACAAAAUCCUGAUUGUGAGAAAUCUGAAUGUGCUAGCUGGGAUACUGAGGAACAAAAACAACCCAUCCAGCUUAACAGCUGAGUUUAUGGCCGGUAUAUUGUCUCCUUCCAUUGGAACAUUCAGAGGAUUCAGUUUAUCUGUGUAUACAGGGAUAUGUGUGAUGACGAUAUGAAGACAUAAAUUGCUUGUUCUAUAUAUGAUCUAAAAAUGGAUGUGCACUGGUGUGUACUGUGUGCAUGUAAAUUUACUCUGUGCAUCUAAACACAGUACAGGUCAUCUCCAUGAAAAUGAAAGUUUGACGUUUUAUUGUUUGGUGGUCUUGAUUCGAGAGGAGUAAAUUUGCUAUUUAUAUUAAUGCUUGUACAGAUGCCUUUAUCACUUAAAAAUUCAUAGAACUUUUUUUAUUUAAAACAAAUAAUAUUGCACAAAUAAAUCCUAGAAAAAUUUUGCUGCUAUUGGCAUUGUAAAUUUAUGUGUAAAUGGAUCAAAUGAUUUAUCUGUCUCCAUGUUAUCAUGAUAGAAAAUGGAGUACUUACACUUAUUACAUGUUGCAUUCAAAUUUAUUUUAAAAUAGUUAUUUUUUAAUUUUUAGGCUUUCCUUCAUGGCUGCAGCGGUGGGUGGAACGUAAACCCUGUCGAUGUUAGCGGCCAAUGUUUAGAGAAAAUUCCAAACAUAAGGCACUUUGUCAUUUGAGCCUUUGAAGGAUAAAUAAGUAUAGUUUGAAAUGCAAACCACUAAAAUAUAGUCAGCAAGAGAUGACGGGGCUUGUUGAAAUUAUACUGUAUUGGUUUCAGCAUUAAAAGUUGUAGUAAUGCCUAAAAGAAAUCAGACAUUUUUCUAAAUGUAUAAUCUCACUUUUCCUUCUUGGCUCUAAUGGCGUUUACAUGUAGAGACUUGACCGGGUGUGGGGCUUUGGCCCAGUUCCAUAAAGAGAAUGUUUCACUUCAUCACAAGAUAUGAUGUGUGCUUUCAUUCUACAAACAACGGCGUGCCAAAAGUACCUGCUUCUACUAUGAAGAAAUAUAUUGAAUUUAAAGUAUCGCGCUGUAGCAUCUUCCCACUAUCGAGAUUUGAAUUGAAGGGGGUGGUUGCAGGUGUCACAUUGGGAGAUGAUUCUAUAUUUUAGUUAAUAGUUUUAUCAUCUGAUCUUUUUAUUGCCUUAAAAACUUAAAAACUGGACUGUUGGACGGUGGUUUUUAGGCGGUGGAUUGGUAGCUAGGAUGGAUUGUUGUGGAUAGGUGGGUUGGUCGGAAGGUUGUUAUUGUUUAUCAUAUUGUGGUUCUGAAAACAUUAUGUGGUAAUUAAAGGAAGGGAACAGAGUUUCCUCGUGUUUGUGUGUGUUUGUUUGUGUAACGUGUUUGGAUGUCAUUUAAUUGUCUCCAGGCAUCGUUUCCAGGGUAGGAAAUGACCACCAGCCGAGUGCUAAUACAUUGUGCUGUUGUUGGCAAGCUUGCCUCCUCAACUAUUUAUUUAGUCAGGUAACUUACCAUUAUUUGGAGUUCUUGCAAAAAUCCUAAAAACUCUGCCUGCUGUGUACAGUGGCUGGUGCAGUUUCCUACCCUGGUCUUUGCACAGAGACAGCCGAGUGUUUGAGAUCACUUCAGGCUUCUAGAUGUUACUUUAUGUUGCGGUGCCUCAAAAACCACAUGAUUACAUUUGUACCACCAUGGGUUCAUAUCGUCAGUUCAAUUCACAUGCGAAAGUUACACUAGCGCUAAUUCAAGAAUUUAUUUCAAGUCACAAUCUUUUAAAAGCUGACCAUGAUUUUUACUAUAAUUUGUGGUGAUUUAGUGCAAGUCAGUCAUUUUGUGAGUAGAUGUUGCUUUUUCAAAUGGUGAUGUAAUUUUGAAAUGAUCUGUCCUCAUUUUCUCUUCAAUGAAAUCUCUUCAUUUUCAAUGAUUUUAUGUGUCUGUCGCUUACAGGAGCAUUACACGAGCAGAUCGCUGGUAACUGAAGUUGACCAGUGAUCUGUCAGAUUCAAGGCAAACCAGUAAAAGAAACUUGUCUCUAACAUUUGGACAAUGUAAGGACUGAGUCAGACAGCUUUUAGUGAGACCCCAAAUACUGUUGUAAGCUUAAGAAGCUGCCACUGAUAAACUAUGGAAUACAGUAAGGUAUUCAGUCUUUAAAACUAAAACACUGCUGUCUAAUAAAAUCCUCACAUUUUCCAAACAGUUUUCAGUAUGUUUGACAGAAAGCC